AUGGGUCUGAACAUCAAGAACGAGGAAACCUGCCGGCUCGCCCGCGAACUCGCGCGGUUGACCGGAGAGAGCAUGACCGGCGCGAUUACCGUUGCACUCAGGGAGCGUCUUGGUCGGAGGAAGCGCGAACGCAACGUUGAUGAGCGUCUCAGGGAGCUCCGCGCGAUCGCAGAGCGGUGCGCCAAGCUGAUGGGACCCGGCCCAUCUGCCGUGGAGCACGGCGAUCUGCUCUACGACGAGCGGGGUCUGCCCAAGUGA